AUGGGUAUACACUUCUUUGCUAUAUUCAAUUACAUUUUUGCUUUCAUAUUUUUGUACCUUACAGAUAUCUCCUUAGCAGAUGAUCAUCUAAGUCAAUACCAGUCAAUCAAUGGAACCAUGACCUUAGUAUCUGCCGGAAAAAAGUUCCGGCUUGGCUUCUUCAGUCCCACCAAUUCCAGAAACCAAUACUUGGGAAUAUGGUUUGACAGCAUCCCAACUCAAACUGUAGUCUGGGUUGCAAACCGCGAUAACCCGCUUAAUGAUUCAUCAGGAAUUCUGAAGAUUGGUAAUGAUGGAAAUUUGAUUCUUCAAGACCAUACAGAAAGAGUUGUCUGGUCUACUAAUAUUAUCAAGGAGGAUUCAUCAUCAAAAUCAAGUAGUGUUGCACAGCUCUUAGACUCGGGAAAUCUUGUUUUGAGACAUGAAAGCAGAGAUGGUUAUAUUUGGCAAAGCUUUGAUCAUCCUUGCGAUACCCUGCUAGCAGGGAUGAAGCUAGGAAGGGAUUCAAAAAAUGGUUUGGACCGGUAUUUGACACCUUGGAAGAGUGCAGGUGACCCUUCUCCCGGAGAAUUUACCUAUGGCAUUGAUUCUCGUGGGUUUCCACAAUUUUUCAUUCGUAAGGGUUCUAUCAAGAAGUUUCGAAGUGGAUUGUGGAAUGGUGAGCAAUUCAGCGGGGUCCUUUUCAAUCCAAGCGUCCCAUCAUUCCCAAGUUCAUCACAAAUUCAGAGGAGAUGUAUUCUGAGUAUGAUGUGGAGAAUGAAUCUACUCUUACAAGCUUAUGCUAAUUCAGAUGUUACUGGAGGGGGAAGUGGUUGCUUGCUGUGGUAUGGGGACUUGAUUGAUAUCAAACGGGUAAUAGAAUCUAGCAAUCAAAAAUUAUACAUUCGGGUUACAGCUUCUGACCUAGAAUUAAUAUCAAAUUCCAAGAAGAUCAAGACACUGGUGUUGGUGAUGAUUGUUGUAUCAGUAGCUAUAGUAAUGCUUCUUGUUGCUUCUUGCAUAAUAUGGAAGAAGAAAGCACGGAGACAAGGAAUGCUAUCAGAGUCUCAAGCCAGAGAUGAAGAAAAUAUGGAAUUACCUAUUUUCAAUAUGAUCACCAUCGCGGAAGCAACAAACAAUUUUUCUGAUUUAAAUAAGAUUGGAGAGGGUGGCUUUGGACCUGUAUACAAGAGAGAAUGUUCUUGUGUAUCUGUGCUAGACAAGGGUCAGCUAGCAUCUGGACAAGAGAUAGCAGUGAAGAGGCUUUCAGAGAAUUCAAAACAAGGACUCUGUAACGACCCGAACCCAUGGAUCCGGACUGUUACCCGGGUCAAAAGGAGCAGUCAGCCGGCUGAUAGCCCAUGGUCGGCCGACUGCCAAGACAGGAUCGGUCGACCAACAAGGCAAGAUCGGUCGGCCGAAACAAUGACAAAGAAAAGUGCUCUCGGGACUUUCACUGUGCAGGCCAUCGGUCGACUGAAGAUUGGGGUUUUGUAA